AUGACGCUUUUCAGCGUGCCGCUGGCUGGUGCAGAGGCUCCCAACAAGUGCAAUUCAGAGCAGCUCCACAGGAAGCCACACAUGCACCAGAGAGCAGCCAGAAACCCGGGGCAUGGUGCUGCACCCCUCGGCCCCGGAGGCGAAGCUGCGGAAAAUUCUAAGCUGAGACAUGUAGAAAAAGAUGUUUUGAUUCCACUAAUAAUGAGGGAGCGAGCCAAGGAGCUGUGUUCAGAUAAAGUGAAAGCAUUUACUAAAUGCUGUCAAGAAACUGGUCUUCUUAUGGUGGUGAAGUGUCGGCAAGAGAACACAGCACUGAAAGACUGUCUGGUUGGCUACUAUUCUGAUCCCUUAUUCUACGAAGAAUGCAAAACAGAAUAUUUGAAGCAAAGAGAAGAAUACAGAGCAACUGGAAUUAAGAAAAAAAGACAGAAGCUUCCUUCAAAUGUGUAG